GUGUGUGCGCGCAUGUGUGUGGUCCGUUAUUUUCCGGGUUGUGCUCAUUGCAAACGGUAGUUGCUCUGCUGCAGCCGCCAGCUGACACUUGUACCGGAGGAGGUGAGGUCAAAUUUGACUGACUCUCUCUCUCUCUUUCCCUCUCCCCCUCUCGCUCCCACUCUCUCUCUCUCUGUCUGUCCGCGAGAGAGGCUGCUAACUAGCGCAUCAUCAUCAUCAUCAUGGCGGAUCAAGGCGAAUCUCCUGCUCCUGUCCACCACCCGCAACCAGCGCUGACAACCAGCUGGCCAAUUACCAGGGAGUCGUACGAGCUGCAGGAAGUCAUAGGCAGCGGGGCCACAGCUGUGGUGCAGGCAGCCCUCUGUACCCCCAGACAGGAGCGUGUGGCCAUAAAGAGAAUCAACCUGGAAAAAUGCCAGACCAGCAUGGAUGAGCUAUUGAAAGAAAUUCAAGCAAUGAGCCAGUGCAACCAUCCAAAUAUUGUGACCUACUACACCUCCUUUGUUGUAAAGGACGAACUUUGGUUAGUCAUGAAACUUCUGAGUGGAGGUUCCAUGCUAGAUAUAAUUAAGCACACAAGCAAAGAAGAGGAUAAAAAUCGAGCUCUAGAUGAGCCUAUUAUUGCUACUAUAUUAAAAGAAGUGCUAGAGGGCCUGGACUAUCUUCACAGAAAUGGACAGAUUCACAGGGAUGUGAAAGCUGGGAACAUACUGCUAGGAGAAGAUGGAUCUGUUCAGAUUGCAGAUUUUGGAGUAAGUGCAUUCCUAGCUACAGGGGGAGAUAUGACUAGAAACAAAGUACGAAAGACUUUUGUUGGCACACCAUGCUGGAUGGCACCAGAGGUGAUGGAACAGGUACGAGGCUAUGAUUUCAAAGCAGAUAUAUGGAGUUUUGGAAUUACAGCCAUAGAGUUAGCAACAGGCUCUGCACCCUAUCACCGCUACCCUCCCAUGAAGGUUUUAAUGCUUACCCUACAGAAUGAUCCACCCACACUGGAGACAGGUGUAGAGGAUAAGGAAAUGCUAAAAAAAUAUGGCAAAUCAUUUAGAAAGCUAAUAACUAUGUGCCUUCAGAAGGAUCCUGCCAAAAGGCCUACAGCUGCAGAGCUUUUGAAGUGUAAAUUCUUCCAGAAGGCCAAGAACAAAGAAUAUCUGGUUGAAAAGCUUUUGUGUCGUGCACCAAAGAUUUCCCAGAGAGCCAAGAAGGACCCUGAACAGAAGUGGGGGAGCCUUGGUUCUAUGUCAGGUUUGGAAAAUAAACCCGACACCACCCGAAGGGUAAGGAGAGUCCCAGGCUCCAGUGGUCACCUGCACAAGACAGAGGAUGGAGACUGGGAGUGGAGCGAUGACGAGCUGGACGAGGGCAGUGAGGAGGGCAAAGCAGCGGUGAAUCAGGGCAGGUCACGAAGGGUCAAAGAUGAGGCCAAAAAUAAUGAGGAGAAUGCCAACAAUGUUCCUAUUGAAGGUUUAUCUAUUCAGCAUCCCCAGGUUGAACCGUAUGAGGAUACACCAUACAUUCAAGGUGCUGUGAACAUGGUACUACGGCUAAGGAACUCUAGAAAGGAGCUGAAUGACAUCCGGUUUGAAUUCACUCCUGGGCGAGACACUGCUGAUGGCGUCUCCCAGGAACUGUUCUCGGCUGGUCUGGUCAACGGGCACGAUGUGGUUAUUGUUGCUGCCAACCUUCAGAAGAUUGUAGAUGACCCGACUACCUACAAAGUAUUGACCUUUAAGCUGGCGUCCAGCUGCGACGACACAGAGAUCCCGGACGAGGUGAAGCUGAUCGGCUUUGCGCAGCUAAGCGUUAGCUGAUGCUCUCUUCACGCCUGAAGCAGGUGAGACAGGGGAGACAGUUCAGGGGCAGACAGACUGAGGAACACACCACCACCUCCUGCAAAACCUUCCCCAACACUCUUCCUGAAAACUUGACCACCACCCCACCCCACGUCCCGCCUCCCUUCACUCCUCCCUCACUCCUUUACACCUUCCCCUGAGGCCAAGUUCUCCCACCGCCCCGCCUUCACCUCCUUAGCGCAAACUUCCCUGCUCACUGCCCCCUCCACCUCACCCCCACACCCAGUCCCAACCUUUAACCUUAACAACAUUCCACCGCCCAGCGCACAGACCGGGAUCAGGAUACAGCCCAGGAACCUAAAAAUGUACUCAGGUGGUGAAAGAAGAUGAUUAAGAUGUAGCUUUGAAUGUUUUAUUUAUUUUUUAUUUUACUUAUUUUUGUUUUACAUCUCAUUACCUCUGUGUUCAGCAAAGUUCUCAUUAUUUAUUGAAAUG